AUGAGUACUGAAACGGCUGUAACGAUUUCUGAACCGCAUGCUGUGGUGAACACAACUAAGAAGCAAAAGAAACUAAAACCUGCGCGGAAACAGGUCAAGCCGGGCGAGGUGGAGAAGAAAGAGGCGCCUCAGACCGGUCAAGUAUACAACAUCUGGUAUAACAAGUGGGCAGGCGGUGAUAGGGAGGAUAACUACUCCAACAAAACUAAGUCGCAGACGCGCUGCAACAUCCGUAAAGAUGCGGGCCUGACGCGCGCCAACACGACUGGGAUGAAGUACUAUUGCCUCUUCUUCGCGCGGGGAUGCUGCCCGUAUGGUUGGGAAUGUGAAUACCUGCACAUGCUGCCUGACGAGUCGACGGAGCUGCCGGAUAACUCAAAGGACGUGUUCGCGCGGGACAAGUUCGCAGACUACAGAGAUGAUAUGGGCGGUGUCGGAAGUUUCCAACGGCAGAACAGAACACUGUACAUCGGACGGAUCAAGGAGACAGGAACGGGGCCUGAGACAGAAGAGGUGGUUAAGCGGCAUUUCAAGGAGUGGGGAGAGAUCGAAAAGAUUCGAGUACUACAAUAUCGCUCCGUCGCCUUCGUCACGUACGUCUCGGAGCUAAACGCCCAGUUUGCCAAGGAGGCGAUGGCAUGCCAGUCACUUGACAAUGACGAAAUCCUCAACGUACGAUGGGCCACGGAGGACCCGAACCCGACGUCGAAAGUGGCGGAGAAGCGGCGGCUGGAGGAAAUCGGACAGAAGGCUAUCCAGGAGAAGAUGGACCCACGGAUCGUGGAUGCCAUGCGCGCUAUGCGGGCGCUCGAGGAUGGCGACGUGUUGGAUGAGACGGAGGAAGGAGAUGACGGCCCGGAUACGAAGCGGCGGAGACUGGAAAUCGAGGAUGGGAGAGGAGAGAGCGAAGAGCCGGACUACGAGAAUGAGGCGGAGGAGUUGCUGCGAGAAGAGGCGGAGCAGAAGAAGGCAGGCCUGCUCAGCACGGACACCCUGGAAUCGUUGAAGUAUUUCGCAGAAAUACAGAAACAAACCGGUGUGGCAAGACUGGCCGCGGUGAAGCCCCCUCCAGCUCCAGCUCCUGCUGCGUUAGGUCUGGCGGACUAUGCGAGCGACGAUGAGUAGACCUUUUGUAAUAUAAUGUGCUUGCACUCCUUUGUCGAUUUUUCUCUUUUAUUCGACAGAAAGGAUUCCUCGAAAGGUU